AAAUAUCAAAUCCUCUCUGGCUUUUCUUGGUCAACACCGCGUAAUGGUUACAUGAAAGACACAGUGUACAGUUGCAAAAAGUGGGGAUAAAAGCCCAAGGCCCAUUGUUCCUACGGGCAUAGCCGCAUAGGGUUGAAAAAUGUAGUCGCUGUAAGUAAGGAUGAUUUUGUUAUAAUAAUAUAUUUCAAGGGCUUUGAUUGCAAAUUAGUUUAGAUUUCCCGACCACAUAAAUGUUGCUUUGUUUUUUCGGUUAGGCAAAUUCGUUGUGGUUACCAAAACGACGACGUGGUGAAGCAAAUGGCGAGAGUCGCCUUUGCCACAUCAUCGCCGCCGUUAAUCUCAUCAGUUCGUACUCUCCGCCGUCAUUUCUCAGUUUUCGCCGCCGCGAAUCCAGAAAUGUCUCGUCCCUCUCACCACAGCUCUCUCGAAGUUAUCGGCGGAGGAAGUGAUCGUUUCUUACCGUCGUUAAAGGACUCACUCGCUAAACCGUACAAUGCGUUUCCUCUAAUCGGAUUUAACCGCCACGUGGAGACAAUCUACGCAUCUUUCUUUCGUUCUGUUCCUUUCGUUAGACUCCGCCGUGAAUGUCUCCGAACUAAAGACAACGGCUCUGUUGCUUUGGAUUGGGUCGCCGGCGAAGAUAGGCACUUUCCUCCUGAUUCACCAAUCCUCAUUUUGUUGCCAGGUUUAACAGGAGGAAGUCAAGAUUCGUAUGUUAGACAUAUGUUGUUAAGAGCUCAAAGUAAAAAAUGGCGUUGUGUUGUGUUUAAUAGCCGUGGUUGUGGAGAUAGUCCUGUGACCACUCCUCAGUUCUACUCGGCUUCGUUUUUAGGAGACAUUGGUGAAGUGAUUGAUCAUGUUGUUGAUAAAUUCCCAAAAGCCAAUUUGUAUGCUGCUGGAUGGUCUCUUGGAGGCAACAUUCUUGUUAACUAUUUGGGUCAGGAAUCUCAUAACUGUCCUCUCACUGCUGCUGUUUCUUUGUGCAAUCCUUUUGAUUUGGUUAUAGCAGAUGAAGAUUUCCAUAAGGGUUUUAACAAUGUUUAUGACAAGGCCUUGUCGAAAUCUCUUCGUAGAAUAUUUAGCAAACAUUCUCUUCUUUUUGAAGACAUAGGAGGUGAAUUUAACAUUCCUUUGGCUGCAAAUGCUGAGACGGUUAGGGAUUUCGAUGAUGGCUUAACCCGAGUCUCGUUCGGUUUCAAAUCAGUAGAUGAGUACUAUUCCAAGUCGAGCAGCUCCAAAGCUAUAAAACAUGUCCGCAUACCCUUGCUUUGCAUUCAGGCAGCAAAUGAUCCCAUUGCUCCUGAGAGAGGUAUCCCUCGCGAUGACAUCAAGGCAAACCCAAACUGCGUGUUGAUUGUGACACCAAGAGGAGGGCACUUGGGAUGGGUGGCAGGUGAAGAAGCUCCCAACGGAGCUCCUUGGACCGACCAAGUGGUUAUGGAGUUUCUGCAACAUGUAGAGAAUCGUGAAACCAUUAACGGGGAGAGAUCUUUCGAGGAUGUCCAUGAUCAGAUUCAAGUCUAAUUCUGUUUGUCCAUUCUUCACUUGGAGUGGUAUGUUUCACUUGUACACUGUUGUUGCGCACAAGAAUAAUAAACAUGUAAAGAAUCAUAGUAUAUAAGACUUCUUGCAUUUCCUCCUAAUAUAGAUGAUACUAUCUUCAAGUUCCUUAGUUACAUUCAUGACCUCAUACCAUACGUUUCCA